UUUUGUCCUUCAGAGCCACCGUAGCCAGUUGUUGUCUUGGCAACCUAUACACAACCGUAUGCUGCAGCAGGAGAUUCCCCUUCCUCUUUUAGGUCUUUUAAAGUUUGUUAUCAUCUUCUUCAGUCGUUAUAGGCCCACUGUAUUUAAAAAGAAUAAAUAGCUGUCCUCGAGGUCAAAUAAUUGAACCGGACUAUUUCCGCAAUGCCUGUGCACAACAACAACGUACGAAAGGCCUCAACUGUUCAGAAAGUAACUUUACCUGGUGCGAAGACAACCAAAGCUGCAAGUAAGAAAAAGGAUGAGGACGAGGGCGUGGAUGCUCAUGAUGGAUGGGAUGACUGGACCCAUGGGAAAGCACUUAUUAAGCCUCCAGAUCAAGUGGAGCUCACUGAGGCUGAGCUGAAAGAGGAAGUCACAAGGGUUCUGACUGCAAACAACCCUCAUGCCCCCCAAAAUAUUGUCCGCUACAGCUUUAAGGAGCGUUCCUUCAAGCCUACCAGUGUUGUGGAUCAAAUGUCUGUCCACUUUGUUUUGGAGGGUAGCCUCCUGCAUCAAGACUCUGAUGAAGCCCGGAGACUUCGGGCUAGAGAAGAUCUCACUGAGGGAACAGUGACAGCCGACACAGGGACAGAACCUGAUGAGGAGAAACCAGAAACCCCGGCAACACCUGUGGAAGAUGGAGGGGAGGUUGAGGAAGCUGAAGAAGAGGACAGGCCUGACAGUGCUGCCUCCAAAACUGACAAGAAGGAUCUAAAAGUUACAAACCAGUUUAAUUUUAGUGAAAGGGCGUCCCAGACCCUAAAUAACCCUCUGAGGCAAAGAAGCUGCCAGACCGAACCCCCUCCACGUAACACCUUCUCUGCCACCGCUAACCAGUGGGAGAUCUAUGAUGCCUACGCGGAGGAGCUGCAGAAACAAGAGAAAAAUAAAGAGAAGCAGAAAGCCGUGCAAUCAAAGAAGGAUGUUGAGAAAAGCAAGAAAAAGAUGAUGCAGAUGGAAACCCAGAAUGACGACGUCAACAAAGUAGGAAAGUCGUCCAAAAUCUUUGAACGGAUGGUCAAUCAGAACAUAUUUGAUGACAUAGCUCAAGAUUUCAAAUACUUUGAAGACGCAUCUGAUGAGCACAGGGGCCAGGAGGGUACCCUUCUCCGUCUGUGGGAUUUCUUUUAUGACAAAGCCAAAAAAUUGUCGGUCACUGCCCUCUGCUGGAAUCAGAAAUAUCAGGACCUUUUUGCCGUAGGAAUGGGAUCAUACAAUUUCACUAAUCAGGGGCACGGCAUGCUUGUCUUCUACUCAUUGAAGAACUCUGCCUUCCCAGAGUACAUCUACUCCACUGAUUCUGGCGUCAUGUGCCUAGACAUCAAUGAGCAGCAUUCCUCCCUGGUGGCAGCAGGCUUCUAUGAUGGCUCUGUGGCUGUCUAUAACAUAAAAGAGGAGGGGAGGGAGCCUGUUUAUAAGAGCACAGCUAAGACUGGCAAGCACACAGACCCUGUGUGGCAGGUGCGCUGGCAGAGUGAUGACAUGGACAAUAACCACAACUUCUAUUCUGUGUCAUCCGAUGGCCGGGUUGUGUCCUGGACACUCAUCAAGAAUGAGCUGGUUUUCACAGACAUUAUCACACUGUCACUGAAUGGUGCUAUCUCUGAGGGGCCUGAGGAUACACCGCAAGCAAGCACUGCCUGUGGAACAUCUUUUGACUUCCAUAAACAGAUCGACUAUCUCUUCCUAGUUGGCACAGAAGAGGGGAAAAUACACAAGUGCGCCAAGACUUACUCAAGCCAGUUCUUGGAGACCUACGUUGCCCACAGCAUGACAGUAGACGCUGUAAAGUGGAACCACUUCCAUCCAAAGGUUUUCAUCUCCUGCAGUUCUGACUCAACCAUCAAAAUCUGGGACCAUACCAUCAACACUCCGAUGUUCACCUUUGACCUAAAUGCAGCUGUUGGGGAUGUUGCCUGGUCUCCGUACUCCUCUACUGUAUUUGCUGCUGUCACAACAGAUGGAAGGGUUCAUGUUUUCGACCUCAGCAUCAACAAAUAUGAGUCCAUCUGUGUGCAGCAAGUGGUGGCCAGAAAGACCAAGCUGACUCACAUCGAGUUUAAUCCCAUCUAUCCUAUCAUCAUCGUGGGCGAUGACCGAGGCUGUGUCACCAGUCUCAAACUCUCCCCUAACCUCCGCAAGAAACCCAAGACCAAGAAGGGUCAGGAUCUGCCUAAAGGUCCGGAAAUGGAAAUAGCCAAGAUGGAGAAGCUUCUCAGUCUGCUGAGGGAACCGGAGCAGAGCCCUGUUUAAAACAGCCACCAUGUCUCCUCCUUAGACUCAGCAAUCCGGUACAAUGUUUCAUUUUCCUUCAUAAAAAAAAACUUGUUUGGCCCAGUGUGUGCAGCAAUAAAAACUGUCAGCAUAACAAGA